AUGGAUUCAAAUAAUUCUUCACUUCUCUUGUCAUCAUCUUCAGUUUUGCUCCAUCACCAAAAACACCAACUGGACUCAUCAUUCUGGGAGAAACAAAUAAGGGUGCCCAAACAAUUCAUAUGGCCGAAAGGAGACUUGGUUGAAGUUCAAGAAGAGCUGAAUGAGCCACUAGUGGAUCUUGAAGGGUUCUUUAAAGGAGACGAGAUGGGAACUCAGCAAGCUGCAAGGAGAAUCAGAGAAGCUUGCUUGAAACAUGGAUUCUUCCAAGUGAUCAAUCAUGGUGUUGAUUCACGUGUUUUAAGUGCCGCAUAUGAUCAAACAGCGAAAUUCUUUAAGCUACCACCUACCCUAAAAUCGAGGGUUAAGAAAAUCCCCGAAGCCACGAGUGGAUAUGCCAGCUCCCAUACUGAUCGUUUCUCCUCUAAAUUGCCUUGGAAAGAGACAUUAUCUAUCGACUUCCAUGAGAACUCCCAGGAACCCGUUGUUGUUAACUACUUCAAAUCCCAUUUAGGAGAAGAUUUUGAGCAGACAGGACUGAUUUUUCAAAAAUAUUCUGAAGCAAUGAAGUGCUUAUCUCUGGGAAUAAUGGAACUUCUGGCAAUCAGCCUGGGAGUCGAUCGAUUUUUUUACAGAAAUUUUUUUGAAGAUUGUUGUGCUCUGGUGAGAUGUAACUUCUAUCCUGUUUGCAAAGAGACAGGGCUUACUCUUGGCACAGGUCCUCAUCGUGACCCAACAUCGCUAACCAUACUUUACCAGGAUGAGGUGGGAGGCUUAGAUGUAUUCACUAACAACAAAUGGAUGUCUGUUCGACCUCGUCCUGGUGCCCUAGUCAUUAAUAUUGGUGAGACUUUCACGGCAUUAUCAAAUGGGAUAUACAAGAGUUGCCUGCAUAGGGCAGUGGUUAACACAGACAAGGAGAGAAUAUCAUUGGCUUUCUUUGUUAACCCAAGAGAUGACAAGGUGGUGAUUCCCCCAUCGGAUCUUCUGGGCAACCAAGGGACCAGGAUGUACCCCGAUUUCACAUGGUCAGAUUUGCUUCGAUUCACACAGUUCCACUACAGAGCUGAUAGUGACACCCUUAAAAACUUUACCAAAUGGUUUCUAUCUUCCAAAUCACUCAAUCCUUGA